CGUCAUAGGUGAGCGCCUCUGCUGGCCUUCGGAAUGGGCUCGACUGCUCAGCCUUGAUUUCUUCAAUUGUCCCUCCGCACAUCUACUUUUUUAUGAAGAAGAGUCUGUUCGCGAUGACAUGUGGAGGUGAGGUGGCAGACGAGGUCAGCCAGGUGAUUUCAGAGCUGGUUCCUGUGCGGGCCGACUGGAUCGUUAGUUUCAGUUCCUGUGCGGUUCAGUAAAGCUACUCGUUUGGUCAGACGAUUGCAAUGAAACCAGCUCAGGAGCGCAACCAGGAGUGCCUGCCCCCCAAGAAGAGGGACCUCCCGAUCAGUAACAGCGGUGGAGCUGGAGGGACGGGGGGAGGUGGGGCCGCGGGGGGAGGUGUAGGCAGCGGAGGAGGAGGCAGUGGCGGUGUUGGAGGUGGAGGUGGUGUUGGAGAAGAUGAGGUGGUUUCCAUCCAGAACUCUGCAGCCAACAGUGAGACUCAGGGAGGGGCCCCGUCUGCAGAGUGGCUGCGAGCUCAGCCAGGACUUCAUUAUGGGGUGGAGAACUCUGACGGCCUCCCUGCAGUGCCCGUCGACCAGUACAGCAUGCUCUACAAAGUGGCUCUUCCAUCUGUCACCUACUCCCCCACCAGUCUCCACCCAGUGUUAAGCCACAUCUCUCCAGCCUACACCGUUCACUCUCCUCUCCUGCAGCACCCAGGCCUUCCCUACCCUCCUCUGGGCUACGCUCAGAUCCCUCAUUCCUCCCUGCAGUUUGUUAGCUCCCCAUACGCAGCCGUACCCUACGCUCUGACUCCUGGCUUUGUCCCGGGAUCCUUAAUCUCUCCCUCAGGCACCAUCCCUCAGCCCCACCUCGUUCCCUAUCCGUCUGUCAUACAGGAGGGUGUGGUUUCCCCACCUCCCCAGGCCCAGGUAGCUGCUCACACCUUUGCCAAAGUCGCAGCGUCCGGCGGCGUCCCGCUGAUGCUGCCCUCGGAGCAGGCUGCCCAGCAGCACCUCGGCACUGUGGGAGUUCUGCCCGCAGCAGAGCUCAGCUCUCGAGGAAUACCGGUCUUCUACCACCCUCAGGGCGCCAGGGCUGCUGCUGCCACCAGAGAUCCCCACAGCACCCAUCAGGAGAGUGAGCCGGAGAUGAACGGAGGGGAUAAAGAGCAGGGAGCCAGAGAGGCCGGAGCAGACUCGACCUACGCUCACAGGAACGCACGUGUCCCGGCAACAGCGUCAGGCUCUGCACCUCAGGAGCACAGCCAGGACAGAGGCCUGCACAACCGCAGGCUGGAGGAGAGGAGCUCACCUGGGCAGCGCAGCACUCCAGACAGCGACCUGGAGGUGCAGCAGGUAGUCGGUCGUCUGGUUUCCUCCAGCCAAGGAGGCAGUGGAGUUCGUAAAGAGGUCUCCUUCGCCCCCCUGAACCUCUCUCAGGGUGCCCAGAGAGCCAGAGAUUCCCAUGGAGAGAGCGUGGGAGUGAUUUCCUCCCGGGCGGCGUACGCGGCGCAGCCUGCGACCUACAGUGACCCCAGGGUGAGUGGCCUCCAGCAGCAGACAGGACAACCGGGCCAUGCUGUCGUGCUCGCCAACGGACAGCCAGUCCUGAUUCCUCUGGAGUAUCACCCUCAGCAUCAGCCCCAGGCGCCGCAGCAACACUACCCGGGACAGGCUAACGAUGCCCCAGCUAGCCACGGCUCCUCCAUCACGGCCUCCAUCACCUCCAGCUUUAAAGCCUCUGAUUCUUCAGCCAGACUGUGCCUCCCUGAGAGGGCGGAGCCGGCCACAGCCCAGCAGCAACUUCCUCAGCAUCCUCCUGUCCAGCCUGCGGCAGAGACAACUCAGGCCGUGGCCUCCAGCCUCGCUCCCGCCCCGACCCCCUGCAACCCGUCUCACUUCAUGAAGGGGGCCAUCAUCCAGCUGGCUACGGGGGAGCUGAAGCGCGUGGAGGACCUGCAGACUCAGGACUUUGUGCGGAGUGCCGAGGUGAGCGGGGGGCUGAAGAUCGACUCCAGCAUGGUGGUUGACAUCCGAGCCAGCCAGCAGAGACCGGGGCUGGUGUCACUUCACUUCACCGUGGGCGAGCAGCAGAGCAAAGUGACCAUCGACGUGCCCCCGGAGCACCCCUUCUUCGUGUUCGGGCAGGGCUGGUCGUCCUGCAGCCCCGAGCGCACGGCCCAGCUCUACGGCCUGGCCUGCCAUCACCUGCAGGUGGGAGACGUGUGUGUGUCCAUCACCCUGCAGCAGCAGCUGCAGCCACAGCAGCAGAAACAAGCGCAGCACCAUCACCCACAGCAGCAGCAGAGCCUGAACCUGAACCUGCCCAGGACUUUGAGCAAAACCAACGCCACGUCAGGACCUGGGCACCAGCUAAUGGGGCCUCCCGCCCCCCAGCAGUCACGGCCUCCGUCUCACUUCAGGAUAGAUCGGCUCCACAGAGAGAGACAGAGGGACGGGGAGAAAGACGCGCUGGAUAAGGAGGAAGCAGCACACGUGGGGGCGGCGGGCCACGCAGAGUCGCCCAUCAGACCGAGCAGGACCUCGGCCGAGCACCCGCGGAGUCAGAGCAGUUACCACCUGCACACAGAGGGCUCUGCCUUCGCGGGGGCGGGGAUGGGAGCCAUGCAUGCGGCGCUGGGAGCCUCUCAGAGGCGCUGGUCCUCACCCGGCCUCCAAAGAUACAGCAUGAAGGGAGACGAGGGGCCGCGUCCUCAGAUCAGCUCCUCCAGCCACAGCAGGCCCUCCUUCAUCCCCCAGGAGGUCAAACUGUCCAUCGAGGGGCGCUCUAACGCAGGGAAGUAGCAUCACACUUUGGUAGCAACUACAGAGAGACUGCUACGAGUAAGAAUGAGUCUGACAAGGAGAGAAAGAGGAAAAGUGCGAAUGUAGCCUCAGAAUGUUUGAGAUUUUGCACAAAUAUACGAAAAUACAAGAUCUCUCUCUCUGCUGAGGAGUUCUGGCUCUGUUUCAGCCAGAGGAGCCAGAGCUUUCCCAGCCAGCUGAGGUCUGACAUGAAGAGCUGAGGGAAAAGUAUGUAGCUGAUGAAAUGCCUACCACAGUCCUUACACACUGCAUUUCUCUUCCUCAUGUCCACGCCUCGAGGUUACCGUCAGAACACUCCCGCUUCCUUCUCCACCAGACUGAAGAAUGUUGUAGCGCUGAUCUCUCUCCUGAAGCAUUUACCCAAAAACAGAGGGAGAGAGGAGCAGCUGACAUCAGCUCCACUGUCAGCACCUCCUCCUCCUCCUCCUCCUCCUCAGGAGGUCGGUCUGUGAGGAGCAGGAUCCUCCCUCAGGCCGAGUGAGGCUCGUCCUGCUCAUCAAUCAAUCAAUCAAUCAAUCAAUCAAUCAAUGAGUCUGUUCAGCAAUCAGAAAACAAAGAGUUUAGCUUUGAUUACACACUGUCACACCCUCUGUGUGUGUGUGUGUGUGUGUGUGUGUGUGUGUGUGUGUGUGUGUGUGUGUGAGUGAGAGAGAUUAGAAACUGCAUUCCUGUAUCAUCAGUGAGAAUAUUCAUCAUUAAUCAUUCUCCUGCUCCUCCUGCUCCAGUCUUUAAUAUAACCCCCCCACCUUGGAGACAGUUACUCUUUGCUCAGUUACCAUAUUAAAGCAAUAGUAGUUGUUACAGCUGAUCAGUGUUGGACCUGGACAGGUGAGGUCUGACUCUGGCAGGUUCUUCUCUGAUUCUCCGUCUCACUGAUGAUCUUUUAUUUGACCUGGAUUAACUCGGUGUGUUGUCGAGUUAUGUCCUCCUCUGUCUGUCUGUCUGUCUGUUAACGUGCUUCUGUCCUGGGACUUCUUUUACCCAGCGAUUGUCUCGUGUUGCACAUCGAUGUCACUCAUUGAUUUCACACUGACCUUGUUCAUAAGAAUCACAGUAAGUGUUUUUUAAUGAAGGGAGUAUGUUUGAAGUAUCGUUGUUGUUGUGGUGAGAGAGAAAAAACUGACUUGCAUUUUGAACUCUGUUUACACAUCAGCCAAGAUGAAUGCUGCAGUCUCCUCGUCCUGACAUUUUUUUUCUUCACAAAAAUCCAAAAGGGUGAAAUGAAAAAUAAGUGCAAUUAGACCCCACAUAAGAUCAUCCAGAGGUUUCUAAUCAGACGCCAUUCCUCAUGCACACAUUCCCGUCAUGACAUGUAGAUCGCACACAACCAGGUUUAAUGGAUCCUCCAUCUCUGGGCUAAAACAUGCGAUCUUCUCUCAGUGUUUCUGAUUGAUUUUCCUCCUGUUUCCUGGUUUGUGUCUGACUCGUGUGUUGGUGCUGAGAACCUUAAAUCAUUUUGUUCAUCAACUCUGAAACCUGGCCCUGAACGCCCCACGAUUCACCGAGUGUCAGCGGCUACACCGAGUGUAGACUCUCAGAGACCUGUUAAGACUCCGCUGGUCUCUGGGAUCGUUCCUCCUGUUCGUACCCUCCUGAUGUUACUCCGCUGUUAGAGAGAGCGGCCAUGUUUAAUCAGGUCAGUGUCAGUGUUCCAGGUGAUCAGAUCAGAGUUCUCUCUGUGUGUCGUUAUAUUCUAACAUGUACAGUGGAGACAUCACUGAGCUCUGUGCUGUAGUAACAUCGCAGGCGUCAGCAGCUCUGGAUGUGACGGCGUUGGUUCAGACUCGGUCUGGAUCUCUGUGAACCGGGCCCAGGAGCCUCCAGCAGUUCAUGUCAUUAUGGUUCUUGUUCCUCUGCUGCAGCUCAGCAAACACACACACAGACGAUGAUGAUGCUGAAGCCUGGACCUCACACAGACUGAGGCCUGUCCUCUGGAGGUGGACUAACAUCAGGGAUCUCUGUAGUCUCAGUAUGAGCAGGAUGCUGCUCUGGAUCUCACCCUGCAGGUCUGUUUUCAUGCUGUAAGCAAUAUAUCUGAAUCAUUUCAUGUCCUGGUGUUUUCUAUGCAGUGAACUCAGUAUUGAACCCUUCGUUGUCUUAAGCUCAGUGGAGCUGGGAGGGGGGUCCUCUCACCCUGAUGUUUGACCUUUUUAUAAACAGAUAUUUCUCCUUGUUACCUCCUGUUUCAGCUCAGUGUAUCAGCACACUGACACGAUGCCACACACCCUCACAUCCUCUGGUGUUUGUUCAGCAUUAUUUCAGCUCGGUCACCAAACCACUUCAACGUCGUAUUUUAGGUCAAGAUGCAUUUGAUGGGAUUUAAACGGUGCAAGCAGUGCCACCUGUGACUUUACCUCCUGUUAGUCCUCACAGCCAGACCAACCUGUGCAGCCACGAGUCGUCUCUGCUCCGAGCAGCAGGAGAGCUCGACCUGGACCGACGUGUCCGCUCAGUCGUAUUCACGUCACUGACAGUCUGUCGCUGUAAGUAAUUGCACUAAACGCCCUCCUUUCAGUGUUCGGAGAUGAGAACUGUUGGUAAAUUGAAGAGUCUGGACGUGUAAAGCACAGCUUGUGUGUUCCUGUAGAUAGAUGUAUUUUUUUGUAUAGAUAGUUUGAUGAUGCUUGUCGAUAAUGCCUUAAAUUCUGCUGUGUACAAUGUGUGAAAGUGAAAUAAUGGAAUAAUGCUUGUGGUCGACUCGGUGUUCCCUCACAGAUAUCAAGCCUUAUGAGCAGAGAUUCACGUGUUGAAUCCUCUUUGGGCCAAAACCACAAAAUCUAAAACCUUUUCUUUGUGUUUUAAACACACUCUACUUUAACCUUUAACUCCAGUUCUGCAGCGUGUGGAGGUGAAAUAAGUGGACGUCCUUAUUUGCACUCUUUACCAGACGAUCGUCAGCAAACAGAGGGCGACUCAUUGAAUCCACACACACAGACACACACACGUCCUAUUGUUUUCCUUGUUGCACAGGCCCUGUAGUUUCCCCUCUGGAGUUAAAGACUCGUGUUUGGUGUCAUGUGUUUGAAUAAAGAUCGACAGCUUUCAGUCAGUGGUAAUGUGAUGGUUUUUGCUGAUGUUGAAUGAAAUCAGGAGAACGGUUCAAAGUUUUAAACGAGUCUGUAUUUUCAGUUUGUUAUUUUUUAUCUUUGGCACAAGGUGACACUGCUUUUCAUGUGACGCUCUCUAAAAACAAAAAACAGCAUCCUUUCUUCUUCUGUUGUUAAAAAAAAUGCCUAAAUCUGCAAAAUAUAUGCAAUGAUGUAAAUGUAACAUUCAAUCCUCAAGUAUAAUCCAGGUUGUAUGAACUUUGUAUAGUGAGUUUAAUAUUGUAUGGCCGUACCAAUAUGUAUUGAUCUUUAUAAGAAGCCUUAGAGUUGUCGACCCAAAGUGCUCCCUUAGAAAACCCUACACCUACCUGACUUUAACAAAGCAUUAAUAUCUCUAUUUUGUUGCUUUUUUUAUUUGUACCCUUUUUGAAUAAAAUAGAUUUGUACUGUAUAUUUGUACCUCUCUGUGAACUACUUAGGGCGGUUCUUGUUUUUUUGUUUUGCUGUUUUAAUUCUAUGUACUUUAAGGACACAAAGAUAUUGUAUUUUUAUUGUUACAGCUAACUUGGAGACAUUGCAUUUAUCAUGUUUGUUAAGUAAACACAAUAUAAUAUAUAUAUAAAUAUAUACAAAUAUAAAUAUAAACUAUUAUCCAA